CCAUAACUCUCUCAUAGUCAAAAUGGGGUCUGAAAAUGGCAGCUUGAUGGGAAGAAACGAAGUAGACGAGAAUGUCGCGUUGAUCUUUGGCGUCACGGGGCUCGUGGGUCGAGAGAUUGUUAAGAGGCUAUUAACGUCAAAACCAAGAUGGAGAAUCUAUGGCGUAGCGCGAAACCCGGAGAUCAAUUCCAUGACGAAGAUGUACAACUUCAUCUCCUGUGAUCUGCUUAACGCAUCUGAGACUAAACAGAGGUUGUUUCCAUUACAAGGCAUCGUGAGUCACGUGUUUUGGGUCACGUGGUCUGGUGAGUAUCCACUGGAUACCGACGAGUGCUGCGUCCAGAACAAGACGAUGCUGAUGAACGCUUUGGACGCGAUUCUCCCAAACGCUAAGAGGUUAAAGCAUUUCUCGCUUCAAACGGGGAUGAAGCAUUACGUGUCUUUGGUGGAAGAGACUCUACUACGUGGAGAAGGUUCCAGUUUGUGUUAUUACAGCGAGGAGUGUCCAAGAAAGAGCUCUGGGAUGAAUUUUUAUUACGUUUUGGAGGAUUUGCUGAAGGAGAAGAUCACUGGCAGUACAGUUGUUUGGUCGGUUCAACGACCCGGUUUGCUAAUGGGAAGCUCAACAAGAACUCUGUACAACUUCAUGGGAAGUCUUUGUGUUUAUGGAGCGAUGUGUAAGUAUUUGAAUCUUCCUUUUGUGUUUGGAGGGACAAGAGAAUGUUGGGAAGAGAGUUACAUUGAUGGCUCUGAUUCGAAUUUAGUAGCGGAACAGCAUAUAUUCGCUGCAACUAGUGCGAAAGUACGCGAGAAAGGUGAAGCCUUUAACACAAUUAAUGGAGUAGGUUUUACUUGGAAGGAGAUUUGGCCGGAAAUAGGGAAAAAACUUGGAGUACAAGUUAACGAAACAACCAUGUUUGAUGAAGGUUUCUGGUUUGGUAAAGAGAUGGCUGAGAGAAAACAUGUGUGGGAUGAGAUUGUGGUGAAGGAGAAGCUUGUUGAGACAAAGAUUGAGGAUUUGGCGAAUUGGUUUUUCUUGGAUGCUCUGUUUAGAUGUCCGUUUAAGCUUCUUGGGAAGAGAGAGAAAGUAGAUAAGUUUGGGUUUAAGAGGAAAUAUAGAACCCUAGAUUCGAUUUUGUAUUGGAUUGAUGUGAUGAGAGAUGAAAAACUCAUUCCUUUGUAACACAUGUAUACAUUAGCAAUGUAGAUCACGGUAAGUACUUGAUCAAUAAUCUUCAUGUAAGUUUUGUUUGUUUGAAUAAUGAGCUUUCCACAAAUCCUUUUGAGCUAAAUCAUUAAACAUAAAUCCAUUCC